AUGUUAACAAUUGGUUUAACUUUGUUUUUAUUAAUCCAGAACCGUUUAACAUUUGGAACCAAUACAAUCGACGCAAAAGAUAUGGGAAUACGCUUUAGACAAGCUAUUAUUGAUGCAAUACAAAAGUUCGAUGGACUCUCAAUUACAUGUCCACCGGGUAGUUUCUUUUAUAAUGGAUCGUGUUACUAUUAUUUUCCACCAAAGUCUGAAAAAAUGAGAGGACUUUCGUAUGCUGAUAUAUCAUCUGAUGACGUAAGUAGUCGUGGUAUACAAUCAAUAAUUGGUGCUGGAUUAACGACUGUCGCUAUAUUUAUUCUUCUAUUUCAUCCCGUUUUUAAUUCAUUAUGUCCAUCAAAGGAUAAUAGACAAGAUUUUAUCAGGAAAAAAAUUUUUAUAAUGUCAAAUUCAACUCAUCGUUUAUCUCGUGAAAAAUUUUAUUCCGUUCCAAAUGUUUCAUCAGAUACAUUACUUAAUCAUUAUAGACAUUCACUACUAACUACACCAACAUCAAUUGAAAAUUGUCAAAAUGAUAAUGAUUUUGAUAUAGAUGAUCUGAAAAAAACAAUAGAAUUUAAACCGGAUAAAAUACCAAUUAAUCAUAAUCAUAUUAUUGUUAAUCUUCCACGUCGAUCAUCAUCAAAUGUGUCAAAUAAAUUAUUUUAUUCAAAAUUUCGAUUAAAUUAUACCAUGUUAUAUUAUCUAAUACGUUUUCUUGUACUCGUUAGUACUAUCAUAUUUGCCACAUUAUGUUGUACAACUGUUUAUCAAGUUAAAGUAGAACGAUUAGAACGUUUUCAUCAAUAUCGAAAAGUACAAUUAUUACAAAAUUCAACAACAACAACAACAGAAACAGAAUCAACUUAUUUUCAUUUAAAAAAUGCGAGUGUAUGCCGUUUAUUUAAAUCAAAAUUAAAUCGUUACUAUAAAAUACCAGCCAAUUAUCUUUCACUUAUUUUUAUUUUAUUACUAUUUUUUGUCUUAUUUUUCUUUCAAAAUAUACUUAAACAAUGUCAAAAUCGUACUGUUAUUCGUUCAACAAAAAAAACAUGUUAUCUUUCAUUUCCCAUGAUAUUUAAUCCACAUUGUUAUACAAAUAGAUUUGAAUCAGCAGCUGUAUUUGGAUUAUUAGCACUUGAAAUAUUACAUAUAUUUGAUGAAUAUAUUAUACAUGCUUAUCGACAUCUUACUCAUGGACCACUCAUUGAUUUAAUUAUGCAAAUUGGUAUUGGAUUAUUAUUAGGAUUAAGAUAUUUUCCUAUAUUGGCCAUGUUUGAACAAAAACCAGAAUAUAAAACAAGAUUAUCAAAUAUUUUAUGUUAUUCAUUAGCAACAAUGUAUUUAUGGACAGAAAUUAUAUUUAAAUUACAAAAUGAUAUUAAUUGUACUGAUAAAUCAAUAAUUAAUGAUAUUAAAGAAACAAUAAAAAAUUUAGAAAAAAUGGGUAUUAAUCCAAAACAAAUGCUAUUUGAUCAUUUAGGUCAAAAUCGUACAGCAUAUUUAAAUGAAACAGCUCAUAAUUAUUCAUCUCGUGCAAAAUUGUGGUAUCAUACGAAACAAUCAAAAUUAAAUAAUUUAACCUAUGAUGAAAAAGAUGAUGUACAAAUGGAUAUUUUACGUUUAGAUCGUUCAUUAGGUCUGAAUAAACAAGGCAUUUAUUAUAAUACAUUUCGUUAUGCACCCUAUUAUUACUAUUCAACAUAUUUGGCCAUAAGAUUAACAUUAAUGUUUUUAUGUGAAUUUAUACAAUUAUUUCAAUCAAUACCAAAACAAAAGCAAAAAUCUUUUUCAAAUCAACAAUCACCACGAUGGAAAUAUGUACAAUGGAAUCUACUAAGAACAGAAAAUCAUUUCGGUAAGAAGAGAUAGAGACGUUUGAACAUAUACAGACAAACUAAUGUGCAUACACGUGUUUUAAUAGGUAUCAUCACCGUGAUGAG